AAGCUGCAGCCAUUUUUGUGCCAAUAUGGUCCUGAAUGUCUAUUUUAUGCUCAUGUGUUUAUUGUGAAUAACCCGAAGCGGAAGUGUUGUCCUUGUUCCUGCGGGUGAGUCGGUGGGACUUGACGGAGGGGCAGACUGGAUGAGAGGAGUCAGGGAACAGGUGGAUGUCAGAGUAACAAAGACACCGGAGCUGUUUCACACCGGUUCCCACUCGGUGCUGCUGAACCGACCGUCGUCCCGCUCAGUGGCUCUUUGACCGGGGCUCUGCUGCUCUCCUCGCCCUCUCCUCCUGUGUCCAGCCCGUGUUGUCUGGAGGAUGCGACGGGCCCACGGUGCUCCGCUCCCUGUGCAAACAUCCUUCAGCCGCUGCUGCGCGCUCGUCUCCGAGAACCAAAAGUAGAUCGGUAUAAUUGUUACCGUGCUGGGCAGACAUCUCCUCCAUCUUCCCUCAGACAUGAAGCCGUGAGGCCGCAGGGAAACGUCGCUGGGAUUAUUUCUCCUCGUCGGUCAGUACAGUCCUGUCUGUCGGUGUGAUGGCUGUGAUGUUGGUGCUUCUUCUCUCCAUGCUGCUCCUGUCCACCCACACUCUGACUAAUGCUUCUCCUUCCUGCCCUGUGAGCUGUCGCUGCUACAGCCUCACCGUGGAGUGUGGCUCCACCAGCCUCAGAGACAUCCCCAAACACGUCCCCCCAUCCACACAGACCAUCUUCCUCCAGGACAAUGUUAUUGGUCAGAUCCGUAGACAAGACCUUCUUCAGCUAAGGCACCUGCACUACUUGUAUCUACAGAACAACACCAUCUCAGCAGUGGAGCCGGGCUCCUUCCGGAACCAGGGUCAGUUGCUGGAGCUGGCUCUGAAUGGGAACAGGAUCCACCUGGUGACGGCUGACAUGUUUAAGGGACUCGAGCAUCUCCGCAUUCUGUACCUGGCAGGAAAUGACAUCACCCGCCUACUGGACUACACCUUCCGUGGUUUACAGCGUCUGCAGGAGCUUCAUUUGCAGCACAACAGUAUAGACAUGUUAGCAGACCAGGCUCUAGCUGGCUUGACCUCUCUGGCUCUGCUGGAUCUGAGCGGGAACAAUCUCCAUACCAUCGGCCCUGCAUCCCUGCGACCUCUUGUCAGCCUGCAGGUGCUGCGCAUCACAGAUAACCCAUGGCGCUGUGACUGUGCUCUCCACUGGUUGAGGAGCUGGAUUGAUGAGGCAGGGCAGCGGCUGCUCAGCUCAGCAGAGCGUCGGCUGGUCUGCAUCGAGCCGCCACGUCUCUCCCACCUCAGUCUGGUGGAGGUUCCUCUCAACAGCCUGGUGUGCAUCCCUCCACUGGUGCAGCUGGAGCCCAGGAGGCUAGCUGUGCGCCUGGGGGAGAGCCUUAGGGUUUCCUGCCAUGCCUCUGGUUAUCCUCGGCCACAGGUGACCUGGAGGAAGGCAUCCCAGGGUAAAGUUGUGCUUUCUCCCAGAGGCCUGGUUCAGGAGCUGGGUGCUGGAGGAGGAGGAGUAGGCGGGGCAGAGGAGCGCUCAGAGGAAGGCAAGGUCAGUCUGCAGAAGACUGAAGGCGAGCGCUUUGACCCUGACACCGGCAGUGGCAUGCUGUUUCUCAGUAAUGUGACUGUGGCUCACGCAGGUUUCUAUGAAUGUGAAGCCUGGAAUGCAGGGGGUGUGGCCAGGGUGACCUUUCAGCUAGCCAUUAACUCAUCCACUUCCUCCUCCUCGUCCUCCUCCAUCUGGGCAUCUUGGUCCCAAGUGUCCUCGCCAUACUCCCCUGUCUGGCCCCGGCUGAGGAACCACGGCUCGGCUUUGGGCUCAGAUGUGAGUCGGGAACCCCUUUACGCUCUAGGCAGCAUGGCCUUCAGUGCUCUGGGAGCGGCCACUCAGACUGCCAUCGCUGUGGGAAUCUCUCUGCUGGCUCUGACCGCUCUGCUGCUGGUCGCCAUGAUCUACAGUCGACAUCACCAACGCGACAAGGAGGCUGAUGGAGCUGAGAAGGAGGAGAGCAUCCUCUAUGUGAAUGACUACUCCGACGGGCCCACCACCUUCGCCCAGCUGGAGGAGUACCGUGACGAGCGCGGCCAUGAGAUGUACGUCCUCAACCGAGCCAAACCAGUCCUGCCUCCUGCUCCACCCACCGCUGUCUCCACCACUAACUUGGGUUGCUCCGCUCCAUCGGACACCUCCAGCCACACCCUCUCCUCAGGGCCUGGCCAGAUCGUGACUCCAACUCUUGCCCCCAACAAACAACAGCAGCAGCAGCAGCUGCAGCCCGAGGUUGACAUACGGACCAUGAGGAGAAUGGCGGGGGAGGGAGGGGAGGCUGAGCCUGUGAUUACAUCAGAGGCUGAAGGGAUGUUUCUUAACCACACAGGCCUGUUCAUGGACUCUCCAAUCGCGUACGAGAUUCACUGCUGAAGGGGGGACAGAAUCCACUGCAACACAGGUUUCAUGUGUGUGUGUGUGUGUGUGUGAAGCAGAGGCUAACAGAUGUGCUCAUUCCUCUGGAAGGAUUUACUUUCUUCAAGACUCAUUCACAGUAGUGGACUCUCGUUGGAGACAUGGCAGAGCUCACAAUCUGGUUUAAAUCAAUAGUACUGAGACCUCCAGUGGACAUUGUGUGACCUUGCAUGCCAAAACAUCAGUGGUAAUGGCCAGUCAAAGGCCCUGUGCUGUUGAAAAAGUCAAGGUGAGCGAGGUAUAUACUGAGCUGCACAUCACUGAACUGUCCUGUAAAGGAACAUCCUUGUCAGCAUUUAUCAGAGCUCCUUUCAUCGCAGAACCUUUCACUGUCAUCGAUGUUCAGGAGUUGACAUCUGUCCCCUCAAGACUUCACUCAAAGCUCAUUAGUUAUUAGCAGGGUGAGUAUAAUAAACGGGGAAGCCAUGAAAUCUUUCAGUACAUGAGCAUGUGGGAACCCUUCUUUAUUUUGUAAAUGUUGUUUAUGUCUUAAUUUAUUUUGAAAACAUUAUAGUGAUUGUGGGACUGCUGAAUUUUGUUACUAUUUAUUUGAAAAUAUCAUAUAAUUUUGUUAUCGUCUUCUUAUCAAUGUCUGAUCCAGUUCAAGACACCAACAGUGAACCUCCGCUGUCUCUCUCACAAAAUGACUUCAUCCUUUGGCUACUCUGUCUCUCCGUGGGUUAACUGGUCCUGAUCCUAACCUUGCUAAUUCUGGGUAUUGUGUCAUGAAGCAGGUUACUAAGCUAAUCGUGUGCAACAUCGGCAGUUCAAGAUCAGAGUAUUUAAUAUGAGAUAACAUUAAUCUGUUCAUACUAUGGGGAAAUAAGGCUUUUCUGUGAUGUUAACAAUACAGAAUAUCCUGUAAUCAAACAACAAAGAUACAGUAGAAUAAGAUGCUAUAAAAAUAAAUAUAAUUUUAAUGUUAAAAAUGUGUCCAAUACAAUUGUGGGGAUUACUAAUGGAUGAAUAAAUGGUCAGCAACAGGAUAUGUAUUCUAGUCUCACAGGGUGAACAAACUAGUAAGAAAUUCACUUCAAAAGAGAACUACAAUCCACAGGGGGUUUGCAUGAAUACAGGCUUAAAGAACAGAAAAUUCGUUUUUAAUAAGUGUGUGGAUGUGUUUUUCCAAUUAAAAGGCUCAUGUUUUAUUCAAAUGACUUAAAGGUUAAAUGUUCAUAUUCUCUUCAGAGCUAAAAUCAUUGAUUUUAGAAUAAAGUGCCAAAUCUCUGCUUUAAUUUUAGUAGGUUUAAAAGUUGAUAUUGAAAGAACUGUGUGUGGGAUAUAGCCUUUUUAUUGCAUAGACACUUUAACAUAAGAUCAUGUACAAAAACAGAGUUUAGAUUGUGUCGUCCUCCAAUUAGGAGUAAACAGGUGAACUUUUUUGUAAAGAAGUCAAUAAUGAGACUACAGAGGGAAAAAAAACACUAAGACAGAUAUUAAGGGUAAUUGAGCAGUUGGGCACACUUUUGAAAGACAAGUGUAAAGAUGAAAGAUAAAAAAGGACAGGUCGACAGAGGAGCACAAGUAGAGGAUGACAAAAAAAAUAGGAAACCCCUCUGUGUCUUUGGAAAUGCUCUCCACGACGAAGGCGGACAUGAUGUUUCAUUCAACCAAACGUCGUCAUGACCUGCGCCUCAGAGGAUUUGCCACAAGAUGUGAACCACUGCUACAUAAACCUGAUCUUUCAACAAACAGAUGCAGCUGCAGUCCAAAGAAAGGCACAAAAAGGGUUGUGGAAAGACCUAUUAAGGACUGAUGACACUAAAAUCUACCUCUAUCAAAAUUAAUAAAUAAACGAAGGAGUGAAGAAAGUGUAGAGAAAAAAGGAGCAGCAUGUGACCACAAAGCCACCACCUCGUCUGGCAAACUUGGUUCUGCUCGUGCAUACGACUCCAAUGGAACCGGCAAAGUGUUUUUGAUUGAUGGUUUCACUGCUGACAGAAACAACAGUAUAAAUGCAGAGGUUUACCGGAGCUUUCUUAUUGUCAUUUACAAAUUCAGCGGAAUGCAUCAAAGCUCAAGUAUGUCAUCGUCCAGCAGCAACAGUCUGAAACAUACUGAAAAAUCCCAAAAAACUUUUCAGAGUGGAAUAUCCUCGACUAGCUGAGACAGACUGCGUUCCACUUACUGAAGUUGACACUAAAGACAGAGACACCUCACAACAAGGUGAUGAGCUGAAGAACACUCAACGUGUCUGUCCAAUUACUUUUCAUCCCCCAAACCUUGGCACUUUGAGUUUGAAGGGGUGUAUGUCUCACACAGUUCUUUCUAUAUUGAUGUAUAUAGGGAUUUGAUAUGAAUACGAAAUCAUCCACGAUUUUUAUUCAAUAGUGUGGUCUUUCAGUUUGAGACAAUUGCUUUGUGUCACAUUCAGAUUCUGUGAAGCUUUCCCUCAGAACACCAUUCUCUCAAUAAGCCCAAGCUCAAAUAUUCAAAUUAGCUCAGCUUUUUGGCCGUUUUUACUAAUAUAUACCGUUUAUUGCAUAAAUGUCCUGUGCGUCAGUUUCAAACCAAUAGAAUACCGCGAUGUUGCCCAUUUAUACAGUAUCAUCAUCACUGUCCCCACUGAGGGUACAUUUGCUUUCCCGUUGUCAGCAACUUUAUGGUCGGUUACUGUUUAACCAGGUUCAGCGCAUCGGCCCACCAGCAUGAAUCCCCAAAGUCAAUGACCUCAUUUGUUUUCGCGAAACACAGUUAGGUGAAACGGCUCAUGACUAAGUGUCUAAAGUCUGGUUGGAGUAAGUCCAUUUCUUUUCAGUUGUACAAAUAAACUCUGUCCAUCUAAAUGUCUUCAAAAUAAUUAAAAGGGAUUUGUGAUUGUUUUCUUCAGAUGAACCCUUUGUUCAGUCA